AUGUAAUUAACUCGAUAAGGACAAGUUAGACUUAAAUACGCAUCUCAAUAGAAAAAUUUUCAUGAUAAUGUUAAUAGGUACAAUUUUGAUAAAAAAACUAUUGUUGUUGAUUCUAGCAAUCUUGAAAUUGUUAAACUGAUUCCUCAAUAAUAUACCAAAUCAAAUUAUAAAUAUAGCACUUAACUUCACAAUGUAGAUUAUAAAUAUGAUAUUCUUAUUAUUAAUCCAGCAUUAUUAGAUUAAAUUAAAACAGAUGGUUUUCAAAUAAUUGAAAUUCAGACUCCAAUUUUACCUAUUGAAUAAAGAAGAUUUUUAAAUGAUUACAAUACUUAAGAAUAAAAGUUAUAAUUGAUUCAUAAGACUGUAAUGUAACAAAUAAACGAAGAAAAAGACAUUUUAAUAUACUGUGUGGAUUCUAAUGAAAUUGAAUAUCUAAGAAUACUAUUUGAAUAAAGUUAAAUUAAAGUUAUUGUUAAAAUUAACAAUGAAUUUAAUCAACUUUUUGAUAGAAUCAUUAAUUAACAUAAUAACACAAACACUGUAUAUUUAUUAAUUGAACCAUAAUAAUUAGAUUCAUAUAAUAUUACAUUAAUAAUUCAUACAAAUUAGAGAGAAAUAAUAAAAAAAAAAGAGGAUAAUACUGUUGAAUAUUCAUAUUAAAUUUUGAGUUAAGUUGAUUUGUAAGUUAGAGAAAUUUCAAGAUCAAAUAGUGAAGGAACUAUGAUUUAUUAUGCUUUUUCUGAACAAUAAUAUUUAUAAUUACCUAUGCAAUCUUAACAAUCAUAAAAUGUAGAUUUUGAAAGUAAUAAUUUUGAAAAACUUAUGUGCAAUCUAAGUAAAUAAGAAGACAGUAAAUAUUUAUAAAAAUUUGCAAUAAUGAUUGCUGCUUUAUUUACGUCUGGAUAAUUACUAUAAGUAUUUGAAAAAUAAAACUUAUAAAAAUAAUUAAACAUCAAAGCUAGUUAAUUUUGGUCAAAAUAAGGAGAUUAUUAUUCAUGGUAUAAUGUAGUUAUGUAAUUGAUUUUAUUAUUUAAUUCAGUUGAUGAUGAAAAAAUUUCGAGCAUCAUUAAGAAGUUUUGUAAUGAUAAUACAAUCAAUUUAAUCAAAGCAUUAUUAAUUAUUUCAAAACUCAGAUACUAUUCUUUUCUAUAUGAAAUACCUGAUCUUGAUUUAUUAGAUGGAUUCUAAUAACUCAAUUUAAAAAAAUAAUCCAGUAGUAUAGAAGGUUUUUAAACUGAUAAUGAAUAUUAAUUAGAAUAAUUAUUCCCUAUCUAAAGAGAAUAUAAAAUGCACAAAAAUUCAUUAUAAAAAAUCUUUAAGAAUAAUGUCCCAUAAUAUGUGCUAGGAAUUAAAGAAAAUUAAGUACUAUAUUCAGCUGUUGCAGAUAAUAAAUUUAGGAAAAUCUCAGUGUAAGAACAUAUUAUUCAAAAUGUAUCAACUGCAGUUAUGAAUUUAUUGUGGAAUGAUGAAGAAUCUGAAAUAUCUAAAUUAGAAUAAAAAUUUUAAUGCAUUAUUGAACCAUUCAAUAUAAAUAAUCUUGUUAUCUAUUCUAAUAAUAGUAAGUAAGUUGAAGAGGAGUUACUAAAUAUCAUAUCAAAACUAACACUUUAAAUUAGUUAAUCUAUUAAAGAAUAUGAGUAUUAAAAUUCAAAUAUCAGAUUCAUUCUAACUAAUGGAGGUACUAUUGAAAAAUGUUAUUAUUCAAAUAACUCUAUUUUAGAGAUUUCUUAACUUAGUUUAGAUACUAAUGAAGCCCAAAUUAGAAGUUUGAUUGAACCUUACACUUAAAUCAAUUCUAUUACUUUAAAUCAAUAUAAAACAUAAUAAACUGCUUAAAUUGACUUGAGGAACAAAGAUGCAACCUUAGAAAUAAUAAAUGAUCUUGAUGAAACAGAAUUCUAAGGAUGCAUAAUAAAAGUUUCAUCUACUUACAUAAAAAAAGAGUAAACUAAAAAAUUUCAUCCUUAUAUAAUUAAGCUCUCUUGGUUUGUAUAUCAUUGUAAAGGUCAUGCUGAAAUAACUUUCAAUAAUUAAGCAGCUGCAGAAGAAUUUUAUAUGUAAUAUAAUGAUACAAUUUUGGAUGGUAAAAAAAUGAUUAUGUAACAUAUUAAUGAUUCGGUACAAAUCUCGAAUUUAACUCAGUUUAUUACAGAAUUAGAUUUAUCUAGAUUGAGUUCAAAAAUAAAAUCCAUUAAUAUUUCUAAAUCAAUAUUAUAUGAACCAAAAUUUGAUGUAUUUUCAAAAGUAGAGUAACUUUUAAUAGAAGAAAAUCGAAAACAUCAUAUUGGAUAUAGAUAACAGUAACUCUAUCGUAUAAAAAAUUAGAGAAAAGAUUAUAAAAGAGUUCUAAAAUUAGGCGUGCCAUCUAUAAAUUUUGUUAAUUCUGCUUUAACUAAUUGUAAUAAUAUAUUAAUAUAAUUGGGAUUAUAAUAAGUUAAAUUAUAUUGUGAAGCUUAAUACAGACAUCAAUAUAAAGUGAAAUAAGAUUUUAUAAAAUUUGUGAGAAAUAAUAUCAAAUCAAUUUAAUAGAAAUUUAAUAAUCUGUUUAGGAUAGAGUAAAUAGAUAAUCCAGGUUCUGAAAUCGAAUUACAUUUGAUUUCAGAUAAUUAUUUAGUUUUUUCUAAAGUCAGAGACACUAUAUAAAAUAUUAUAGAUGGAUAUAUAAUUAAUUUUGGUGAAUUAAAUACUAUUUUAUUUAGUGAUGUAGGAUAACAAUUUCUUUAAGAAUUAGAAAUUCAAAAAAGUGUUAUUAUAAGUUUUGAUUAAUUCAAAAAAAUCAUAAAGGUUUAUUGUUUGGAUGAACAAUUUUAAGAGUUAUAAGAUAUUAUGAAACAAUUUCUGGAAUCUAAUUCAACUCUCACAAUUAGAUUGACUCCUCAAAAAUUGAAAAAAUUAUUGGGAGAUGAUUAUUAAGGAUUAGUAUUUCUAUAAUAAAAAUUUAAAUUAACAGACGUUAUUCCUCUAAAGAAAACUAAUUAAUUAAAAUUAUCAGGAUAAGCGAAAAAUCUUGAAGAAGCUAUAAAAUAAAUAGAAGCAUAUUUAGAAUCAAAAGAUGAAAAUAUUGAAAAUAAUUCAUUAAAUUAAGAGAACACAUGUUGUUAUUGCUUAAAUUAAAUGAAAUAACCUUACAUUUUAACAAAUUGUAAUCAUAAAUUUUGUACUGAGUGCUUAAAUUAUGAUUUUUCAAAUUCAAUAAAAGAUAUAAAUUCAUUACCUAUUAGAUGUUCUUUAUGUUCUAGUUCUAUUUUAUUAGAAGAUAUAUAGAAUAUAUUAGGUUCGGCUAAAUAUGAAAAAUUAGUUGAAUUAUCAAUAAAUAAAUAUGUGAAUGAUAUGAGAGGAGUUUUAAUAUUUUGUUUUAAUCCAGGAUGUUCAAAUAUUUUAAGGAUAAAAGGAGAAACAAUAUUUUGUGAGAUUUGUAAAAUUACUUAUUGUUUAAAAUGUAAAGUAUAAAUGCAUUAUGGAAUGACAUGCUGGGAAUAUUAAACAGGUGAUUAAAAAAUUAUGGCAGAAUUAAUGAAGAAGGAAGAUAUAAGAUUUUGUCCUGUUUGUAGAUCUUUAGCAUAAAAAAUAUCAGGAUGUAUGUCUGUGGCAUGUUCUGGUUGCAAAAAAUAUAUUUGUUGGAAGAAUCUUCCGAAUAGUGAUAAGCCAUGUAUGAAAAUAUUCAUUAAUUCAAGCGAAUGUCAUACUCAUUUAACAAAUGUACAUGGUGGUUAUUAUUGAAUUGAUUAAUUAUAAACAAAUGUGC